AUGUCCCAGCCAGCACUCCGCCCAUGGCUCGCUGCUGCCCGCUGUUCCUCUCGAAAAUGCUCCCUGGGCGCGAAUAUCAUCGCUAGACAUCAGUCGACUCAUCGGGAGGCGCUGCUAGAGACCCCUGAGGAUUGGGCUAACUUCAGAAAAACUCGAGAGGAGCGAAAGCUACAGUUUAGCUUCUUUGAGCCGUAUGGCUCAACUACAACCUCGACAAACACUUUUAAAUACCGUGAUGGUCUCGUCAAACCUCCAAGAGAUGCUACAGUAUCCGCGCUUUUGGCCGCUGGUGCCCAUUUCGGACAUGCUGCUUCGCGAAUGAACCCCAAUUUCGUGCCCUAUGCAUACGGAACGCGUGCAGGCAUCACUAUCAUUGACCUAGAUCACACUCUUCCGAUGCUUCGACAAGCCGCCAGUCUUGUGCGAGCCAUUGCACGCGCUGGUGGUUUGGUUGUCUUCAUUGGCACGCGUCCCGACCUUCGCCCAAUUGUGACUAAAGCUGCUGAAAGACUAGGGCGACAAGGAUUUUACGUUGGAGAGCGUUGGCUUCCGGGCACUCUUUCAAACAGACGUCAAUUCUUUGGUGACCACGUUGUAGAUAAGGAAAGGAUGCUUCCCGACCUCGCCAUCAUCCUCAACCCUCUCCAAAAUACCAUCGCCAUCAAUGAAUUUGCCGCCGAAAAUAUACCCACUAUCGGAAUCAUUGAUACGAACGUGGACCCUCGGCUAGUCAUGUACCCCAUACCGGCCAAUGACGAAAAUACGAGGACAGCUGAACUUAUUGGUGGAGUUCUGAGCAUUGCAGGCAGAGAGGGUGUAGCUUUGUUUGAACGGGACAAUGUGGCGACGCUCAAACAGCAGGGUAAGAAGCAGCGGCAAAGAAUUUCCUCUUCUAUGUCCAACGAAUGA